AUGGUGGUUUUUAGGUAUACUGAUGAUACGGCUCUUUUGUUCCGAAAGCUCAAUCUGGGUACUCAUGCUAAUUCCCGCAUUUGUAUCGUCGGUGAAAACGGUUCAGGAAAAACAACACUCUUGAAGCUUCUUCUAGGAGAACUCAACCCAACGCAUGGAUUGCGAAAUGUAAAUAGACGGAUUAGGAUUGGGUAUUUCACGCAGCAUCACGUUGAUCAGCUUGAUAUGGAUAUGACUGCCAUUGAAGUUUUAGCUCAUAAUUAUCCAGGCAAAUCACAGGAGGAUUACCGCACAGCGCUUAGUCAUUUUGGAUUGACAGGCGACAUGGCUCUGCAGUCAGUCUACACAUUAUCUGGAGGACAAAAGUCACGUUUAGCAUUCGCCAAUAUCGCGAUGUUGAAUCCAAACUACCUCAUUCUUGACGAGCCCACCAAUCACUUGGAUGUUGAGACGGUGGCGGCUCUUGGAGCGGCUCUUAACUCUUUCAAU